CUCGUAGAAGAUUGAAUCAUAGUUAGGCAGCCAUAAGGUUGUUGACAGUAAGAUGGACAGUCAUUGAGAUAAGUAGCAUUCAUGCACGGCCUUUCAUGGGGAGAGUGGCUAGCGUAGGGAUCAUUCCAGUGCCAAAAAACGAUGAACUAUAACAACGGUAACACUCCUCCGACGGGGGUGUCUUGUCUUACAAUAGACAAAGCUGCCAAUAGUGAAUGACCCUCAAUGUCAGGUAUUCGGUAUGUAAACGUGAUUGUGCUCGGACGAUCAGCUGGGAGAUCAGCGGGGGUUCCUUAUCUUUGGGUGUUUCGCGGGACUCCGCAAGUAUCGAAAGUAUCGACCGUAUCGUAUUGCGACCGGAGUACGAGGAUUAGACCAAAGCACCUUGGAGAUCGUACCAACUCGAGAUGCACCACGCCCGUUCGGCCUUUUGUUUUUCUCCGAUUCUGCAGUUACAAGGGCAGAAAAAAAAGAAAAGAAGCAGAUUCUAACUGCAUCCCGUCUCCAGUCUGAUCAGCUGUGGUGUGGCGCUCCAGGCUGACUUGAACCCUCGAGACCUGUCGAGUCACCGGGUGUGCGUCACAGACGAAACGAGCCCAAAGCCUCGCUCUCCACCCCUUCUGCAUCCACUGGUUCACCACAUCUCCUCCGUCUUCAUCCCUUUCCCGACCUCAUAAUCAUAAAAUCCCAUCCUCACCACAGAAUCCCGACCAUGACAUUCAUAGUUCCGUAGGUGCCACAACGUGCCCGCGCUGUGAACUCCCCUCAGACGAAACAGCCUCCGCCCUCGUCGAUGCGGAGAAGCUCCGUUGCAGGCUCCAAAGGUCCGCCUCUAGAGCAACCACCCCGAUCUUGCCCUCAGCCCGACCGCCAACCGACGCGCAUCCUGCUCUGGGCCUUCUAAUUCAUUCGCAAAUCAUAUUUCACCCUUCACCCUCUGCCUGGAGUUUGAUCGGGCUCUUUCUUCUGCAUAUCCAUGAGCAUGCCUGCGGCUCCAGCUCCACCGCCGUCUCGUUGCCUUCCUGAUAACACCCUCCGCCACUGCUGAUAGCGCUCGCCUCCCGACCUCGUUUGUCGGGACUCACGUCAUGCAUCAGCACCCGCGGUCGCCGGCGGUACCCUCGUCGGCACCCAAAUUACCCGCCAAAUCUGCUGCCGCUCGAGAUGACCUCAAAGACUCAGACUCCGUGCCACCGUCCCCCACCACCGACGGCCGGUAUCACCCCGCCAGGGGCUUGGGGAUCGAUGCGAGUGCGGAACCGGUAUCAGAGCCAUCGGCCAAGGACCUUGGACCUCCGGGCAAAGAAGCCAUGACAAAGUUGAAUCAAAUCAUCUCGAACUACCACACCAAAGCGGCCCUGAUCAUACUUCAUGCUCGUGUCGACCUUCCCCCUGCAUAUGCUAAGAAUUCAGAUACCCCAAAAGUGAACCGUUGGUUUAAUGUCGAGUUAGAAGACACCGAUCUCCUUCGCGAACAGUUGUGGACAUGGCGGACCUGCGAUGCCUCCACGAAUAGACCCCCGCCGCUUAUCAUCGAGACGUAUUUGGACGCCUCGGGACUCACGAACAACCAAAGUCUGGUGAUUUUGGAUGAAAAUGGAAAACGUUGGGAUGUACAAGACUCGAUUGCAGCAUCUCGUGGAGCCGGCUCACAUGCAUACCCCCAGGGCACGGACGAGGUCAUUUUGGAACGGUGGAGGAUCGAGCUGGGUGAGGCUACUAGCAAGCCCACGGCUGAGCUAGGAUCCUUGCUGCCAACGGUGUACAAGAAGAGUAUCGUCCUGUUUCGGUCAUUAUUCACAUACUCCAAGUUUUUGCCGGCUUGGAAGUUCUCGCGGCGCAACACAAAGGUGCGGCGAAGUCCUGCACUGCAGAUCAAGUACCGCAUACUUGAUCCCAGUGCUGCUGCUCGCAGUGAUCGGUCAAGGCCCCCUCGGGAUCGUUUGACGCUACCCCUCUUCGAGGGCAGUGAGAAAACGGUGGAAACGUACAGCUUUGGGACCACCGAGUCUCCAGCGGGACCGUUCAAAGUGCAGGUCACGUACCGGACGAAUUGUGAUUUCCGUGUCGACGAUUCAGAGGCAUUGUUGAGCUCGCGCUUUAUGGGUGCUGACGACGACAUCUUCCGCCCCUCGUUACCGUCAGAGGACGUUGGUCGUUUAAAUCCUGAAAUUGGGUCGGUGCCGGUAGAGCGAAAGACCGUGGAAAAUCCAGACUGUUCACGCGCGUACGGCAGUUUGUCUACCUUUCACCACGUUGGCCCGACGGGGACUAGCCCUAUUUCUGCUUUGCGUGCGGCCAGAGACACUGGCAUCGCAUCUUCGUCUCCAUCUGAUGCUCACUCCAAGAGACUUCUGCCUGCUGCACGAAUCGCACCCCCACCCGGACGUGCCGCUCAACUUGCGAGUGAAAGCUUGUCAAGCUCCCCUCGUCGUCCCUCGAUCUCAUUCCAAGCUUUCAAAGCUCCUCCACUUUCCGCAUCUCCCUCCUUGGUGGACACUCCUCUUGGUGUCUCGCCCCGUACCGCAUCCGCUCGCCUCCCUACGGGCACUUCGGCAGAAUCACGGGUGAUGCCACCUCCUUCUUCCGCAGCUUCUGCCCGCAAACCCGCCACUUUUGCAUCUGAACAAGCCAUCUCAUCAUCUACUUCCGCUUCCCCUAAACCUGCACCUAUCUCCCGCUACAGUAGCUCCUUUAGCCAUCGACGUGGUCGACCAUCCUCCGCAGGCAUGGCCAAGAACGAGGAUGACAACUCCAGUGGCAAGGCUAGUGCGGCUUCGUCCAACGUGCAACCGGGCUCUGGUCUGCUUGCAGAAGUCACCGGGACGAGUGCCGAGUCCUUCCACGCUGACGAUGAGAAUAUCUCCGAGUUUUUGAAGAUGCUGGAUUCGACAAAGGAUCUCAUGAACCGAAGCAACUCCACGUCGCUCGAGUCCGGCCAACGAAAGCCCACGGCUACUUCGGCAGCUCUCGCGCGGUUCCAGCGCAUGCGAGAUUCGAACGCGGCGCUGUCAGACUCCAUGUCAUCGUCUAUGCAUUUGCACCGCUCCUCCACAUCCUCAAGCAAGCAGCUUUCUGGUGUGCCGCCAAUGAUCUCCGGUACAUCUAUUUCGACCGCUUCAUCUCCUGGAAAGCCCAUUUCCCCCCAUACUCCCCAUACUCCAGCCAUCCGAUCCCGUCUAAGCUCGAACAGCGUUGCGGACGAGGUUCCAACCGAGCAUGACCGUCGAGGACCGCACCGGGAGCCCAACUCGCCGCUGGAAGAGAAUCCUAGCCUGGAGAACACACAGGCGGGCACCUUGACCGCGGGUGCGAUAGACAUCCCAACCUCGCCGCGGGUCUUCUCACCUGCAUACCGCCGCUCAAGCUCCGCUGCCCAGCACCGCCGACCUCACUCGGGCGACGACGAGGAGAUUUUCAACCUCGUGAUCCGGAGCAUGAGCUUGGGCGCCGAGACACCCGGCCCGCUACAGCAGCGGCCGCAAUACGAGAACCCCGAACCCGAAGCCUCGACGGGACGCCGGCCAUCCGAGGACCCCUCUACCACGACCAGCGGAACAGCUACUCGCGAUCAGACAACUACGGGUCCCUCGGCUGCCUCAUCCGCGUCCAACGUCUACCAGCCGCGCUUCGCAAGCUCUCGGGGCCGGGGAUUCUCUAGCGGCCACUCCCUCAGCUCGGCGUCGAGCAGCCUUGCCCGCGGCGCCAACAUCCCGCCACAUCUGGUCGAACGAGACGACCACGAUGGCAACGCCAGCGGCAGCAACAGCGGCAACUCGACGACCGAGAUCCGCCGCACAUCCAUCCACCGCCCCGGCACCAGUCGGGCCCCGCCCUCACAAGCCGUCUUCGAGGACGACGAGCCGCUGCUGUUCGCUAUGAGCGACUUUGGUGCCUCGCGGCGGAGUCUGGAGGAGAACCGCCAUGGUAAUCACGGCGCAGACUCGAGCGGGAGUUCGCGCCGAGGCAGUGGGCGCCGUGGAGCUGGACUUCCGGGUGGUUGGUAGGGUUGUGUGAGGGUGAGAGUGAGUGGCCUCGCGCUGUUGGAGUUGACAUCUUUUUCUACAUCGAAUCUAGUUUGCCCCGUUUAAGCCAAUACCCCCCCAUCUGCCUUGUUCCUUGUUUUUGCUCUUUUUCCUUUCUCUUUCGGUUGAAUGGUGACUUCGAAUACCUUUUUCUAUCUAAAACAGUUCACUUUCAUCUCUCCUUGUAUCUUUCUUUUCAUCAUUUCUCUGCCUUCAGUUCGCUGCUAUCAUAGACCGGAUUUUCUCUCAUCUGAGCAGCUUGUUUCUGAUUUCUCUCUUGUUGCAUAGAGAUUGGAGUGCUUUUUGUUUAAGUUUCUGUCAUGCUUACGUUGAUUUUCUCGUCUAUCUCCAUCAGGAUAAUUGUUCUCAUGGGAAUGGAUUUGCUAAACUGCACGAUCGAUACGACUUAAUGCCGCUUUUCUGUCAACGCGAUGCCUUGGUUUCGAGUUUGUCUAGUCGCGCCAUGGGGCUUCUUUCGCUUUGCUUCAUGAUUGCUAUAACAUAAUAUGCGUGGCUAGGCUGGAUUCUUGGGCGUUUCUCCUAGAGCAGACAGAUUACAAUUCGAAAUAUGCAUACUUAUCGUUGCUUUGCCUUUUGGUCAUUACGGCGAGAAUGCAGCGUGAGAAGAUGGAAUUCUCGCUCCGUGGUUAACAACGAGCGUCACCCCUUAACUACAUUCCUACGUAGAAUCAUAGUUGAAAAUAAUACUUUUGGGUGCUGGUUGAGGUAUAUAACAAAAGAAGGCUCUAAAUGCAGAAGGUGACACCGUCAUGCAACAUAACCAUGAUAAGAAUACACAUAUCAAGCCCAAAAGACCAGGCCAAACAAUCCGAAUGGAAACCCCAUUUUCUAACGCCAUCUUGGUGCAAACAAAAAAAAAACACAACCACCACCUCACAUCUUGCGGAACGUAUUGUUCGAGGCACUACGGCGUUCUUUUGCCCGGAACUCGGUCUUGUCGUAUUGGACUUCCGGCUUUUGCUUCUUCGACUUGGAAGCGGGCAUGAAGCUGACCUCGCGCUCACCGACGACGCCGUUCUUGCGCAUUGGUCUUUGCUUGGUGUUCAUGUUCUGCGCGCGCGAGCCGAAUGAUCGAUCGCGGGUGGAGCUUGUGCGUGUUGAGGAGGAGACUUGCAUGCGUGGUGGGGGUCGCUUAGUGCGCUUGUAGUCGGUAGAGGAAAUCUUGUUGGAGGGUUUCUCUCUAACGGGCCUCUCUGCUUCGCUCUCGGAGUCUGAGUCGUCGUCGCUCGAGUUGGGAACGUCGUCAAUGGCCUCUUGCUCGACGGCAGUCAGGCCGCGCUCCUUCUUGGCGGGAGCUUCGGGAAUAGUGCUAGGGUUGAUAGCCUUGAACUCAUGGGAGAACUCGUCAACAGCGAAAUCUUCGUCCUCGAACAGCUUGUUGAAACGGCUAUCGCCCAGAACGCCAUUCUUCUCGAUCUCGGUUGCAGGUGCAUCGACCAUAUCGGCAUCACCGCCGCGCUCAAGAACCUGCUUGGCCCUGCGGCGCUCUUGCUUCUCCUCUGCGAGAAGCAUCCUCUCGGCCAACUUCUUGUUGACCUUGACGGCAACCUUCUUCUUACCACGGAUACGGCUCUCACGCUCCUUAUCAAUCUUCUCCUUGACGCGCUUGGCGCGCUCCUCUUCCCAGACGUAGGGGUUGGUGAUCAACCUAGCCUCCUCAUACAGGCGCUGAGCAACGAAGUAACCGUGCAUGUACGGGCGCAAAAGGUUGGUGCGACCGAUAAGAUGUUCCAAGUUGAGCGUACGCAGUUGGGGCACGGUCAAGAACUUGAAGUUGUCGUAGACAGAGCCAGCCUGGGCACUGGUGAAUGCGUUGGGGUCGUUCGGGUCCUCGGCCAUCUCUUCGACCAAGUUGUCCAAGAAUGAGCACCACUUGGGCGCGGGUCCGAGCUGGGGAAUGAAGAAGGAGUGCUGCUGGCGGCCUUCGUUGGCAGUCAGAAGCAUACCACUAUCCUUGCACCAGGCCACGUCGUUGAUGUCCACAGCAGGCUCCACGGAAGUCCAAGGUUUACCGUCACGAGGGUCCCAGAUCUUGAUAAUCCUCUUGUCGGCCGACAUAAUCUUAGGAUCCAUGGUCGCCUCCCGAGUUUCGGUUGACGGUUGGAGGAAUUUAAGGGUGUGAAUAGGGAAGCCAUAUCCUUGGUCCUUCUUCAACAGAGGAACUGGAGAUCGGAGAUCGUAAAGGUGAAUCAACCCGUUGGACGCGCCGGUUCCCAGUGUCAGCCCGUUGCGGUGGAACUCAAGGGCAGUAAUUUCAGAUCGCAUUUCGUCGCCGACAGACUGAGUCGGGGGCAGAAGAAUGCCCGCGCGGCCCUUGGCUCUGGGAUCCCACAACUCUACUGUUCCGAUAGACGUACCGAAUGCAAGAAGAUUGUGACUCUCCUCCGCGAUGGCACCCGUGUUAACCGAGCCAGUAUUAAUGCCACCCUGCAAGGCACCUCCUCCAGCAGAUGUAAAAUCAUCACCUCCGACCUCGAUCUCGAAAGACCGCAUGUAUCGACCAAGCUCCAAGUUCAACCGGAACACUUCGCCCAGACCAUUCUCGUUGACACCGACCGAGGGAAUCAAGGCCUCUGUUGACUGACGGUCAAACACAAGAUCACGUCCGUACCGUGGGAGCCGGGUGGCGUAGUGGCAUCCUUGUGGGGUGUGGAAUUCAAGAGAGCGGUCGCCUUGGAGGUGGAGGGAUUUAGAAUAGUCGGAAGAGAGGAGAAGGAAUUUCGUGUUGAGAGCGACUGUGUGUCGUGCCCAUGAUAGGGACAGUUGCGACAAUUGGUGGACAUGAAUCUGGGGCUUGUAUGUGCCUAGAAAAGAUUCUGUUAGGCGUGAAGCGAUACCCAUGAUCACUGUU